AGUAAACUAUGUUGACUACUUUUUGGUUUGUAGUUGUUCUGCAGUGUUUUAUUUGUUUAGAAGCAGUGAGGGAAUUGAACAUUUGGUGCCUUACUGUACCUCUACCUUCUUUGAGAAGCUGAACAUAUCAGGGACAAGCACCGAGUUGGAUGAGCUCUGACGGCAAGCAAUGAGUACCACCGACAUCCCGGCCGGCCUGAGGGAGCUGCUGCAGAAAUACACGGUGGAGGUGCUUCGCCACAGGCCCGCAAACUUGGUGGAAUUCGCCGUGCAGCAUUUCACGCAGAUCCUGCAGGGCCAGAGCAACCACAAGCGAGGCAGCAAAACGGCCCGCAAAGGCGUCACUUUUGCAACCUAUGACAGCGGUCCAGAGAACAAAGAAGAGGAAAAGAAGGAGGAGGAGCCUGUCAACUCCACCAAAUACAACCGCAGGGUUUCAGUUUGUGCAGAGGCCUACGACCCUGACGACGACGAGGAAGGCGACAGCGAGUCUCGGGUGGUGCAUCCCAAAACAGACGAACAGCGUCGGCGGCUUCAGGAGGCCUGCAGAGACAUUUUACUCUUCAAAACUCUGGAGCAGGAGCAGUUCUCUGAGGUUUUGGACGCCAUGUUUGAGGUGCAGGUCAAAGCUCAGGAGCACAUCAUCGACCAAGGAGACGACGGAGACAAUUUCUACGUCAUCGAGAAAGGUGAGUAUGACAUAUUGGUGGAGAAGGAGGGCGUGAGCGUGCGUGUGGGAAAGUACGACAACAAGGGCAGUUUUGGAGAGCUGGCACUCAUGUACAAUACGCCGCGAGCCGCUACCAUCGUGGCCACGCAGGCGGGCGCCUUGUGGGGUCUGGUGGGUGAUGACCUGCACGUGUGCACAGGCGCCCCUGCAGGAGACGUGAACUACUUCCUGUGUGCUCUUCCAGGACAGAGCCACCUUCCACCGGCUGAUGGUGAAGAACAACGCCAAGAAGAGGAGGACGUACGAGGCCUUCGUGGAAUGUGUUCCUCUGCUCAAGUCUUUGGAGCUCUCGGAGAGAAUGAAGAUCGUGGACGUGUUGGGAGCACAAAGCUUCAAAGAUGGCGAGCGCAUCAUCGCGCAGGUAACACUUCUGUCAGCUCGGAAUGGACGCCGUGUGGUCAUGUGACGUCUUUGUGGCAUUCGCAGGGAGACAUGGCGGACUGUUUCUAUAUUGUGGAGACGGGACAAGUUAGGAUAAUGAUCAAAAGCAAAACGAACGCGGGCCAGCAGGACCAAGCGGAGGUGGAGGUGGCUCGUUGCUCUCAAGGACAAUAUUUUGGAGAGCUGGCUCUGGUGACCAACAAACCUCGUGCAGCUUCUGUCUAUGCUGUUGGACACACCAAAUGUUUGGUGAUCGACAUCCAGGCUUUCGAGCGUCUGCUAGGUCCGUGCAAGGAGAUCUUGAAGAGGAACAUCUCUCAGUACGAAGAGCAGCUUGUGGCGUUGUUUGGUUCCAGCGUGGAUUUGAAACACUAGCACAACUACUACUACAUGUAAAAUACUAGCUUUGUAGUGUAUGUAUAUAUAUAUAUAUCUAUAUAGAUAUCUAUAUAUAUAUAUAUCGAUAUAUAUAUCUAUAUCUAUAUAUAUAAAUAUAUCUAUAUCUAUAUAUAGAUAUAGAUAUAUCUAUACAUAUAUAUGGAUAUAUAUAUCUAUCUAUCUAUAUCUAUCUAUAUAUAUAUCCCCAAUGGAAGAUUUAGGCUUGUGUGCCACAUCCAGUAUUAAAAGCAUUCUAGCUAAAUAUGCC